GUUAAUUUUAAACUCUUAACGUUGACGAAGCUUUGAACAAGUAACGAUAGUGCAUAAAACAGGUGUUCUGAUAAACUUUAAACGUUCUACAUCAUGAAACAAUAACGAACGGAUAGUUUGCUGUUGGGACAAAGAUUUCUUUCGAUUUGGCUCGUGAAAUCCCUGGUUUAAUAACAACAUGAAGCGUGUAGCAGACCUUGAUUGUAAAAAUGUACCCGUCGGCAAGUCGCGUGAAAAGUUGUUGCGUUCGCGUAACAAACGCAAAUGCAAGCGGAAGAAGAAUGCACGUACGAUGAGAAUGCGAUUGUGGACGUUGAAAGCGCCAGCGAAUCAGUGCAGCUCGGAACAAUACCAGCGGGAAAGCAUUCAUCAUACGCCGCCGACAGUUGCCGAACCGUGCACUGAGAUACGCUUGAAGCAUGCUCAGAACGUAUGGAUUAGAACUUAUCAACGGAUUGUAAAAUGGCAUGGCAAACAUCAAACGAACUAUUGGAAGCACUGUGCCCAACAUUUGAAGGCGGAAAAUGAACGUUUGAAGCGUGUGAUGUUGGCAACACGACCAUUAGCCAACAGUAACGAUGCUGAGGAGAGUGAUUCCGACCACAGAGACGAUCCGUUCGGUGAUACAGAGGAUGAAAGUUCGGAGGAAUUGGAUGCAAUCGAAGGAUCUCACGAAAGACUGCAACGACAGCGAAAACGACGAACCUCCGGACGGGACGAGCAGCGGCAAGAGCGAGAAGAGCUUGACGAGGAGUUUCUCGCGUUCAUGGAAGUAUCUGCCCGGCACCGGCUCGAGCAUCGACGACUGAAAAAUGAAAGUGUUCAUUAAUUAGAUUUAUGAAUAAAUUAAUACCGAUUA